AUGGACGACGAGGAAAUGGUGAUGUUCCAAUCAGAUUGGUGCUCUCCAAGGCGACUCCACGACAGCCCCACUGAAUACCACUUUCCCGCUGAUCGUUACAUCCCCAACAGAAGCUUGAUGAAUCUUGAUCAAGUCCGUAGCUCCUUCACAAACGGAACCAGACCACUCUACAAUCCCAAGUUCAGUGAUCUUUACAGGAGGAGGUUAUCAGAUAGCCUAACUCUCGACUCAGAAGGGAAACCCUUGAGGAUGUUGGUUUUCAGAGGAAGCCCCAAAUCCAGCCGUAAACCUCUUCGUUUCAUCGACCAGAUGCGACAGGAAGACGCAGCGGCACUCUCUCGUGCUCACCAAACCCAUCAACCUCGCCGUUUGCCCAAGAAAGAAACGAGGAUCCUGGACGCUCCAAGGAUCAGGAAUGACUACUACGGCAGCAUAAUCGACUGGGGCAAGAACAAUGUGCUCGCCAUUGUUCUAGGGAGGGAAUUGUACCUCUGGAACUCCCUGAACCAGUCAGUAACCAAGUUGUUGGACGUUGAGCAGCUUAGCAUCAACGACGACCACGACCGUCCCAUCAGCGUAGCUUGGUCGCAGGAUUCGAGGAGCUUGGCGGUUGGUUACAUGUUCUCCAAGCUGCAGCUCUGGGAUGUCGAGACUUCCAAAUGCAUUCGAAGCCUGCAAGGGCAUACGUCGAGGAUUUCAACGAUUGCCUGGAACGGUCAUAUUGUAACAUCAGGAAGUCGAGAUAGGUCCAUCACGAACCAUGAUGUGAGGGCAGGCAGCAGCCCGAUUUCGUGCAUAGUAAGGCACACAGAUGAGGUUUGCGGGGUGAAAUGGUCGGGAGGAGGCAACUUGCUUGCGAGUGGUGGGAACGAGAACUCGGUCUACAUUUGGGAAGCUUCGAAGAUGAGCUCGUCCAAAUUUCUGCACCGCUUCACCGAACAUACAGCUGCUGUCAAAGCUCUCGCAUGGUCUCCUUACCAGUUCGGGGUACUUGCCUCGGGAGGAGGAACAAAUGAUAGGUGUAUCAAGCUCUGGAAUACUCAGAAUGGAACCCGUUUGGCAAGUGUUGACACUCAAGCCCAGAUAUGUGGACUGGAAUGGAACAGACAUCAUAAGGAGAUCCUAGGUGGGCAUGGAUAUGGCACCGGGGCGCUCAGAAAUCACCUGUCCUUGUGGAAGUACCCCUCCAUGGAAAGAGUUGGGGAGCUUAGAAAUCAUAACUCAAGAAUAAUCAGUCUCUCUCAGAGUGCUGAUGGAUUAACUGUGGUUUCAGCUGGCGCGGAUGAAACUCUUAGGUUCUGGGAGAUCUUUGGGCCACCAUGUAAGGAGAAGCUUUCAGAUCUUGACAGCCUUCUAUCUCUCAAAACAUUUCCCAUGAGAUAGAUAGACUGCUUUUUGAACUGAACCCAGUAUUGGUUUACAAAGGACCCUUUUUGCCUAUUCCAUUGUAAAUUACUGCCUAUCACUAGAAGGUUAUAACUGUGAAUAGACGUCAGAAAGUGAAGGAA